AUGACCGACACAGCUGUGACCCUUGGUCGCACCGACGAUUACAUCCUUGUUUCGAAGCCCAAGAAGGGCAUUGCCUACGUCGAGGCCCGCCUCAAGGACGACAGAAUUCCUUCCCACACCGACAGGGGCUGCCAGCUGCUUCUCUCUAGGCUCGAACAAGAAUGGAGUCCGCCAAAGCUCAAAGACGAUACCGUCAUUUCCCUCGAGGCAGACCUCCUAAAAGAGCCCGUUUUCCACAAGGGCGUCCCCAGCGAGUUGUUCCACUCCCUUCGCGUCGUUGAAUUCCAGGGCCUUGAUCCCACCACUCGCGCCGUCUCCAUGCGUGAUGUUGCCAUCAAGGUCAACCUGUACCGUUGCACUCCCGAGUCGCCCUCUGUGUCCGAUGACGAGAUCGACACCAUGCUGCCCAGUUCCACGCUUGACGGUCUCUGGGAACUAUGCUGA